AUGAGGGUAGUCCACAACCGCCUACUGGCCCUAAUGGCCUUCAUAGUCUUCAUAGGCUUUAUGAAUCUUCCAACGGCCCUUGCCUUUCCCAACACUUCAAGAGUAUCUUCCAUUCAUUCGACUAGCGAAACGCCCAAAGACAACGACCGUACAUAUGGUUCCCUGUUCAGGUCCCUCAAGGGGGCCAUGAUGAAACGCGAUCCCCAAUCAUCCUCCCGCCCUCCAUGGUGGUGGCCAAAUGGCGAGUCUGGACUGACGUAUGUGCCCGGUCAAAUUGGCGGAGCAGGGCCGUCGCAGUGGCCUUCGCAAUGGCCAGGUCAACCAGGGCCACAAGGUCCCCAAGGUCCCGUUGGCCCUCAGGGCCCAACAGGAGCAACUGGUCCCAAGGGAGAUGUCGGUAGCCAGGGCCCUGCGGGUCCUAUUGGAGCAACUGGUCCCAAGGGAGAUGUCGGUAGCCAGGGCCCUGCGGGUCCUAUUGGAGCAACUGGUCCCAUUGGGCCCGUUGGCCCUCAGGGCCCAACAGGAGUAACUGGUCCCAAGGGAGAUGUCGGUAGCCAGGGCCCUGCGGGUCCUAUUGGAGCAAUUGGUCCCAUUGGGCCCGUUGGCCCUCAGGGCUCAACAGGAGCAACUGGUCCCAAAGGAGAUGUGGUAUUGGUCCAGCUGGUAAUGAUGGCCCCGCUGGCCCUCAAGGUGAUAUUGGACCUGCUGGACCUGCUGGACCUGCUGGCCCUGCUGGCUCGCAAGGUGACAUUGGCCCUCAAGGCGAUAUUGGCCCUCAAGGCGAUAUUGGCCCUCAAGGCGAUAUUGGCCCUCAAGGCGAUAUUGGGCCUCAAGGCCCUCAAGGCGAUAUUGGGCCUCAAGGCCCUCAAGGCGAUAUUGGGCCUCAAGGCCCUCAAGGCCCUCAAGGACCUAUCGGUAACGAUGGUGCUCAAGGAAUUCCCGGCAAUGACGGUGCUCAAGGUCUUCCUGGCCCUCAAGGUGAUAUUGGCCCUCAAGGCCCCCAAGGCUUUCCCGGUAAUGAUGGAGCUCCUGGCAACGAUGGAGCUCCCGGUGCUGAUGGAGCUCCCGGCGCCCAAGGGGCUCAAGGCCCUCCCGGUGCUGACGGUGCUCAAGGCCCUGCCGGUGCUGAUGGAGCUCCCGGCGCCCAAGGGGCUCAAGGCCCUCCCGGUGCUGACGGUGCUCAAGGUCCUGCUGGUCCUGCUGGUACUGAUGGAGCUCCCGGUACUGAUGGUGCUCAAGGCCCUGCUGGUCCUGCCGGAGCUGACGGGGCUCAAGGCCCUGCCGGUCCUGCUGGUGCUGAUGGAGCUCCCGGUGCUGAUGGAGCUCAAGGCCCUGCUGGUCCUGCUGGUGCUGAUGGAGCUCCCGGUGCUGAUGGAGCUCCCGGUGCUGAUGGUGCUCAAGGCCCUGCUGCUCAAGGCCCUGCUGGUCCUGCUGGUGCUGAUGGAGCUCCCGGUGCUGAUGGUGCUCAAGGCCCUGCUGGUCCUGCCGGAGCUGACGGGGCUCAAGGCCCUGCCGGUCCUGCUGGUGCUGAUGGAGCUCCCGGUGCUAAUGGUGCUGAUGGAGCUCCUGGUGCUGAUGGUGCUCAAGGUCCUGCUGGUCCUGCUGGUCCUGCUGGUCCUGCUGGUGCUGAUGGAGCUCCUGGUGCUGACGGUGCUCAAGGCCCUGCCGGUGCUCAAGGCCCUGCCGGUGCUCAAGGCCCUGCCGGUGCUCAAGGCCCUGCCGGUGCUCAAGGGACCUCAAGGCCCGGCUUCGUAUGCGUCGUCCUGGGACUAUGCUGGUUGCUAUAACGCCGCCGAGGGGAACUACGGAUUCGCCAACCCCACCGUGUUUGCUACACCCGAGAAUACCUCUAUUGACGACUGUGCGAAUAUUUGUGCAACCAUUCAGGGCCCUGUCGGCCCUACCUUCUACUUUGCGCUUGCGACAGAUCUAUUUGAUGGCUCCAUCUGCGCAUGCGGGAAUCAACUUGCUGGCACAACCACAGUCGCGGGUAAUAACAAUUGUAAUAGCCCCUGCCAAUUCGGCGUUACCCCCCGUCCUUAUUGCGGCUCAGCCAAUGGUCAAUACGUGUCAGUCUUUGCCAGUGUAUAG